UCAGCCUAUAUUAUGAAACCUUCUCUAGAUGUCACCCGCAGUGUCACCAUCUCCGCGGGGAAUAUCAAUGGACUCACUUGUGGGCUGCCAGUGACAUCACAGACAUUGACUCCCUCAUGGUACAACAUCAGAGUCCCAGAACCCUUGUACCCUCUAUCUCAGCAUGUGAUCACAGCAACUAUGGAGUUGAGGAAUGGAGCAGGCAGUGCUCUGCUUGGAGGCUCCGAUGAUGAUCCAGAUUUUGGCAUUGCUGUCUAUGUCUCCAGUGAUGAUACUGUGGAUGAUGAUGAUAUACAACUGAAUGUCACCAUUGCCACAGCUGAUGUGGAGAAAACAUACAAUGGGAUCAAUGCAGGAGGAUCUGUGUUAAUUGGAAUCACUGUUACAAUUGACUCUGAUGUCCUGGACCAUGAGAGCUGCCUUGUUAUAAAGGCAGGGGAACCGCAGGUGUUACUUGCUGUUGAGAACAUAAGGUCUGCAUCUGGGUACACUUCCACUGGAGUUGCCACUGCACUCAUCAACUCACUCUUAUGUCAGUUUGCAGGUAAUAAACUCUGA